AUGUUGAUUGGCUCCGACAGUGAGGUCCAGGAGCUUCUGGACAGCAUCAACUUGACGGGCACACAGCUGCGAGAGGAGGAAUUCCUGAGAAUCAUGGCCGCGGUGCGGGAUAUGGAGCUGGAGUCCAUUGCGAAGGUGCUGAAGCUGACGGAGGCCACCACGGGGAGGUCUCGUGGCAUCGGCUUGGAGCCGCACAACUUUGUCCUCAAAGCAUGA